AUGGAUAUCCUCACUCGCCUGAUUGCCGGUACUGGCUCGUACCAGACAAAACAAAGGACAAAUACACCAGCUGAGCGCCUUGGGUCUUGCAAGAGCAUUUGCAAUGCCUUGACUCACACCUGGCGCAGCGGUAGCGUUGAACGCGAUGAUGAAGCCGCCCUGAGCUACACUGUCAAACUCCUCCAACGCCUUGAAAGCAUUCUCCACGAUGAGUCGCGCAGAGCCGCGCCGCACUCCUGCCUCCGUUAUGUUGCCUCGAGCCAGACAUACAUCAUCAUAACUAAGCUUGCCGUUUCCUCUGCCAACGCCGACAUCAUCAAAUCCUCCGCACAGCUCUUUCACAUCCUCAUUAAUGGCGAGGCCGAAGGGUUGCUUGACAGCAAACUGUUCACAAGGUCUUUGUUGGAUCUGGUAUGCUUUGCUACAAUAGGAGGAAGGAUCAUCGUCGAAGAACGUCUUGAAACAGACCUGGUGGAAUUGCUAUUCGAGAUUGCUACCAAGAUCCGGCUCGAUCCAGACAUCCUUCCAGCUUGGUUCUAUCCAGAUCGAGAAGCAACACCUGGGCGCAACGCUGCAGACGACUCUAGAAGAAGUCAAUUCCCUUUGUUCCAUGUGCUGGUGCAGUACGUCCACCACGAUGGCCCGGUGGGUGACUUUGCUCGCACGGCGUUGUUAUACCUGACGGAAACUGCCUCCAAAUUUAAGCCAUUGGAGACAUGGAUGAUCGAGAGUGACCUGGCGCCUCAGAUGGCUAGUGGUCUUGGUGCCCUAUACAGCAGGCUCAGCAGACAGUCAACUCCCCUUAGUGGCCAAGUCGCUGCACCUCCAAUUGUCUCCCUCUCGGAUUGCUCAGAAACGUUUGCUUCGCUCACUGCGGUACCGCAAGUCUUCCAGCAAGACAUAAAAGCAUUCUUCACUUAUCUGGCGUUCUGGCAGGACACCUUGAACCAUUGCAAAUCGUCGGAGGUCAGUGAUACUUUGCUCGACCACUUCCAGGUCCUUUUCGUCCAACAACUCCUCUAUCCUUCGCUCUUGGAGUCAUCGGAUGUCGAGGGUGGCUCUACUGCCGCCGUUAUAACCCACCUGUCCCGGAUCCUCCUUGCUCUUGAUCACGACCAGCUUGUGGACCGCAUCUUACGUUAUCUUUUGGCGUCACCGAGCAUGCCCCGCGGGUCGACAGAAAGAAGCCAUCGAAGACAAAGGAUGUCUGUUAGCAGACGGAAGUCUAUUGAUCACUUGACAGCCCUUGCAGAAGUCGCCGAUAGUCCUUCUCCAAAUCUUUUCAAUCUCCUCGACUUGAUGGUAAUGAGCCUCAGAUCUCGUCACUCUGAAACCGUUAAUGCUUGUCUCAAGCUCUUAUCGGUCGUUAUUGAGAAUCAUCACUGCCAUGUGCUCACAAGUCUUUUUAAGCUUGAACCAGCGUCUACGUCUCCGGGCCAACGCGGAGUAGAGCGGCUGAACAGCUCCUUGCUCAAACUGUUUGACUAUGCUGCCGCGACAGGCAAAAAUCCCGAAAUGGACGAGUCAUAUCAGGCAGCCUUGUUGGACGAGCAGAUUUUACUGGAGCAGCACAGUUGCCUCCGCAUGAGCCGAGCGGACGUGGACGGAACGGACGAACGAGACAUGUCCAUUGCCCAAGAGUGCAAGCUCUUCGAAGCUCUACUCACACUGCUCCGAAGCUUUUUCGCGAAUGACACUGUCACGAAUCUGUAUCUGACUGAGGCUGUCUUGGCCUUGGCUGCCUGUGAACAUAUGAAUCUGCAGGGAUGGCUCCUGCGCCCAGGGAAGGAGACCAAUAGUGAAGACUGCUCUGCAAUUAACGUUACCUUCGUGAUUGGCGAACUUAUUGAGCAAGUUCGUCAAUGGCGCUCUCAAUUCCCCGAAUGGGACGAGCUUAUCUUUCGAAGAAGACUAGAACUGUCGGAGGACGACUCGCUUACCAGUCCUCAAUAUGCAAGGACUGUUUCAUGGCAGACGAAGGAGACCGAUUCAAAUCCCAGAAGCAUCUCGCCUUCCGCCGGGAAGUCUCAGUCACCACCGAGAACUCCAAGAGGACGGAAGAUAACGACGAGGGACUUUGGGUCCAUCGACAGUGCUUUAUCCAAGUCUGGAACGCACGCGAGCGUCCUGACUGAGCGCACUCUCGGUCAUUCGCCCCUUCGGCAAUCAGUAGCACCACAAUCUGAGGAAAGCGAGGAAUCAGCACAGCAGCCAGCAUCUUUGGUACCACCGCCAUCAAUGCCGCUUCUGAAAACACAAGUCGCGCUAUUUAAUUUCAAGGCACCGGAAGAGGCUUCUGAAUCCCUACCCGUACAUGCAGGUCGCAAGCAGACUUCAAGCCCUGCUGGCGACAAACGUCCUGUGUUGUUGGAUGCAAGUGGCGAUUCUGGAACAGCGACUCCAAGCGGUCCAGAGGACUGGUCAUCGGGCCCAAGGAACCACGUCAGUCUCAGCCAUUUACUGACCAACGCCAUCAUUCUUCAGGAGUUUAUUCUCGAGAUUGCAGCAAUCGUGCAGCUGCGGGCGACAUUCUUUGGCGAGGUCGAGUUUACCACGAAACUCUCGGAUUAG